AUGCCCGCUGACGCUGGCGAACACUGGGAGCCUCAUUUUCUAAUGAACCGGGUACAUUCUCAAGGUUCAAGUGCCAUGUCGCAUACACAAUCACGCAGUCGCCCCGGAACCGCGGACCCAUUGCGGUCUCGAUCAGGCACUGCCGUAUCAAAAGGACCUCGUCGUCCACGGUCCAGAGGCUCCACUGCUAGUAUCCAUUCCAGUACGACGCAACAAACCCAAGAGCACAUCGGUGAUGGCUUCUCGCCCUUUAUGGCACCUCAAGCUGGCCCAGGGAACAACAUGUUUGGCUCGAACCCAGAAGAUAUGAUCAUGCGUUUCGGCCAGCAGCUUACCCACACAAACACGGGAGGUUCGCUUAACACGACGAUGCAUGAUGCCCAUGGAGCUGUGAUGCCCCGGCCAGAGGAUUAUCAUGGAAUGCAAAACUCAAUGCCUGACAUGGUUUCCCACGGACUUCCAAACCUGGCAGCCAAUCACUACAGUCAUAUUUAUGAUGCUGGACUCGAUGCUUCAGUAUCGGAGCGGGGUGGUGACGAGAAUGACAACUCAGAGGCAGGCUCUAGGAAAAAGCGAGGAUCCACGUCUACUGUUGCCAAUGAUAAUGAGUUACGGAAACUACUGCGCCAGUACGAGGGUUAUACGCUUCAGCAAAUGGCUGCCGAAGUUCAAAAGCAUGAAGGUGGUGGUGGCAAGUCGGAGAAGGUGAAGCAAGUAUUUGCCAUGGUGUGGUUGAAGGAAAACUGCAGAAAAAGCAGUGGAUCUGUCCGAAGAGACCGAGUUUACUGUUGCUACGCAGAAAGAUGUGGGAGUGAACAUGUCUCUGUGUUGAACCCUGCUUCCUUCGGAAAGCUGGUUCGAAUAAUAUUUCCCAAUGUUCAGACUCGUCGACUAGGUGUCAGGGGUGAAUCCAAGUACCACUAUGUUGAUCUCACGGUCAUCGAGGAAAAGCAGCAACCGAUUGCUGUCCAGAACCCCCAAAGCCAACCUUCUUUUAGUGGACAACUUCCCCGCGACGGAAGAUUCAUGGACUCAUCGUUGCGACCCCGCAGUGUUAGCACAUCUCAACCACCAGUCGACACAGCAGUUUUCCCAUCUCCCACCAUUUCAUUCGCCCGCAAGUUCUCGACUGUUCCGCCCAGUUCUGUAUGCACCUGUGACUCUCAGCCCCAGAAUACUGUGGAUGCGUCUCUUACGCUCGAAAAUGUCUCUACCCAGAGCGGGAAACUCAUGCGUGAAAUGCUUUCCUUCCCAUCCCCGAAUACGCCGUCCGUCGAUAAUGAAUCAUUACGACUACCUGAAAUUGCCCCUUAUGUUCCCGCCAACACAGAUUCCAAGGUUGCAGAUGCACUAGCAGCUCUUUAUAGGACUCAUUGCAUUUCGGUCAUUGAUAGUUUUCGCUUCUGCAAAGAACGGAAUUUAUUUCGACACUUCUCUGCAUUCCACGGCACCUUGACCGUUCCUGUGCAAAAACUUCUCAUCCACCCCAAUCUUGCUCCUUGGAUUAAGAAGUGUGACUGGGUGAUGUAUCAAAAGAUGAUUGAAUUUGUUGCUCCUUUGACCACGCAGGUCGUCCCGGGUCCAGUACUCGACGCUUUUGGUUCUAUUUCGCGACGUCUUGCAAACCACAUCAGCGAGACUUUCAAGAGUCAUCCAGUGCAUGUGUCACUAGCGAGAUUGGCACCUGCACACGUUUUUUGCGAUCUCCUGAAGCAUAUGCUUGACGUCAAUCAAGCUGCCAAUGCAGCAGCAGCAUGGUUAUGUCAUCCAGACAACCGCAAUCAGAUGUGGCUCGAUUACGCCACAUUUGUGAAUCCCAAGGAGAUGAUUUCCAAGGCUAAUAUCCCAUCUUGCUCUGAGAACGCGGCGGAGCAAAUACUGAAAUUCGAUAUUCGUGCGUUGUUGACACCACUGGAUAAUUCAACAUCGCCUACAGUGCCAUCCUUUUAUCCGCAGGCUGAUAAGGACUUACCAGCUCAGAAGCAUACAGUUGACCUGACGACGGGUGAGGAAUACAAUUUCCCCGACAGAUGGAUAUCGUUUAUUCUCAGCCUAUCCUCCCUCUUCCCCAACCACCCGGCACAAUGCAUUGUUGAUAAAGUUGACAAGUUAUGGGACUGUGUUCUUCAUCGCUUGACACUUGCUGGAGCUCAGAGCUUUAGUGCCUGGUGGAUUACCAAAGUCUUCUUCCAUGAAAUGCUGCUCUGGCAAGUAGAGAAGGGAGGUUUUAUGAAAAACACUCCAAAUUCUUUCCAAAUUCCCCUUGAAACAUCAGACUUGAUCUCGCAGCAUCAUCAUACCGCAAGGCAAGGCAGCUUCCCCGCCCAAGCCAAGGAAGAGUCUUUUUUACUCUCUGACAGUCAGACUACGGAUGCUCCCUCAAAGUCGACUAAACCCAGCCAGUUUCAAGAAACGAACGCUAAUUCCAAACCGAUGAGCGAGAUAACGUCGAACUUGUCGGAGAACAUGACGAACCUUCACGCUAACCAGCACGAUGACAGCGCAAUUGGUCUUGAAGAGGAUUCAAUGCUGGCAUCUGUUGGGAAAUACGAUAUCAUGACAGAUACAACGGAUGCUAAUGGCGAUAUCGUUGUCAUUUAA